AUGUCUUUCUCCUUCGGCGCACCAUCCGGCGGCGCCUCCAGCGGCACUCCUAGCGGAGGAGGCCUCUUUGGAUCCGGCGGUAAUGCUUUCGGUGCCAACAAGAAUACCACAACUUCCGGGUCGACCAACAGUCUCUUCGGCAAUGUUGGAGCUCCAGCCAGCGGUUCUUCCUCGCCUUCUAUGUUUGGAGGUGGCUCAGCUACAGGCUCAGGCAACACAAUGUUUGGUGGAGGUGCUCCCAAUGCAGCUGCUUCCAAUGCGCCCCCCGCUGCUAGCUCCGGCUUCAGCUUUGGUGGUGGUGGUGGUGCUGCUGCUGCGCCCAGUACCCAAUCUAACCCAUUGUUCGGUGGCGGCGGUAGCCAAACACCCAACAAGACCACAGAAUCGACUACACCUAGCCAGACUUCUACCAGUGGGCUGUUCGGCGGUGGAGGUGGUGCUGCGAAGCCUAUGUUCGGAGGCGCUGCCUCUGCGACACCUGCCCCCGCCAGCGGUGGCUUGUUCGGAACUAACUCUACCACUCCUGCAGGCCCUCCGCCGGGGUCCAAAGCACCCGCUGGCCUUUUUGGAGCCGGGGCUUCUACCACACCCUCCGCCGCGCCCUCGUCGACCACACCUACUACAACACAGCCGUCUUCUGGUCUUUUCGGAGCGGCAGCUCCCGCUGCACCUGGUGCUUCGAAACCAUUGUUCGGAGGAGGUGCCCCUGCUGCUCCAUCCGGUGGUAACCUUUUCGGUGGCGGUGACAAACCAGCUGCGUCAACCACACCCGCUCCUGCGGAUAGCACACCCAAGCCGUCACUGUUUGGAGCUGCGGCACCUGCGCAGAGCAACCAAUCGUCGACUCCUCUGUUUGGCGGUAAUGCAGCCUCUGCCGCUGGUGCAUCUGCUCCAAAACCUGCCUUCAGCCUCGGCGGUGCCGCUCCUUCCUCCACAGGCGCUGCCACCCAGCCCUCCCUAGGAGCUGCCGCUACCUCGACUGCUACUCCUCAAAAGUCUCUCUUCCCAACCAUGGGAAGCGCCACAUCCACUGUUGCGCCUACCACUACCCCGGCUGCGGCUCCCUCUGGGGGCUUGUUCCCGGGGCUUGGCAAAACAACCGCUGCGACUGCUCCAGGUGCUGCCGCCACAACCGCCGCACCUGCUACAUCUACCGCACAACCCGCUGCUCCCUCUGGUGGCCUUUUCGGCCAAGCUGCCUCCACGCCCUCGACCAAACCCGCCGCACCUCUCGGCGGUGCCACGACUACCGCCCCAGCUGCUGCUUCGACCGCAGGCGCCACCUCAGGCACCACUGCUACAGCAUCGGGUAUCUCUGCCCUUGGUCAGUCCACAGCUGGCCCUGCUCCUCCUGCCCAGUCACGCCUGAAGAACAAGACUAUGGAUGAGAUCAUUACCCGUUGGGCCACGGACCUUACCAAGUAUCAGAAGGACUUCCGUGAACAGGCCGAGAAGGUUUCUGAAUGGGAUCGCCUGCUAGUAGAGAACGGUACCAAAGUUCAGAAGCUCUAUGGUAGCACUGUUGAUGCGGACCGGGCUACACAGGAGGUUGAGCGCCAAUUGGCAUCCGUGGAAGGUCAACAAGACGAGCUCAGCGCUUGGCUGGACCGAUAUGAGCGUGAAGUUGAUGAGAUGGUUUCCAAGCAAGUGGGUCCCGGAGAGUCCCUGCAGGGACCUGAUCAGGAACGUGAGAAGACAUACAAACUGGCCGAGAAGCUCUCUGAUCGUCUAGACGAGAUGGGCAAGGACCUUACCAGCAUGAUCGAGGAAGUUAACGGCGCCUCCGCCACAUUGAGCAAGACCAACAAAGCAGACGAGCCUAUCUCCCAGAUUGUCCGCAUCCUCAACUCGCACCUGUCCCAGCUCCAGGUCAUUGACCAAGGCACUUCGGAUCUGCAAGCCAAGGUUGCAGCAGCCCACCAAGCUAGCCAGUCAAUCUCUGGCCGUCUCGGGUACGGAUAUGCCAGCCCUGGCAUGGGCAAUGGCCACGCCGCUGAUGACUUCUACCGCUCUUACAUGGGUCGGCGGUAA